AUGGCUUCAAACGGGAUAGUCCCGCCGCCUCUUCACCCUUCACCCCAGCCCACACACGUCUCUGUGCCGCUGGGGAGCGUCGGCAGCAAUGGCCACAAGGUUCUGCGUUCUGCUACGGUAGGAUACAUCGCUCCUGAGUUUAAGGGCCGUGGUGAGCAGAUCAAUCAUGUCAAGGGUAUAAUCCGCAAGCAGGAUUGGAUCCCCGAAUCGCAUCUCGACGAGCAGGUCUCGUGGUUCUAUAACGAGCUUGGCAUCGACGAUGUCUACUUCCAGAUGGAGACUGCUGACGUUAUCGCCACCCACAUCACCUCCAUGUAUGCCGCCAAGGUUGCGGCGUACUCCCGAGUGGACAAGCGAGAGGAGAUUCGCUUGGACAUGGAGGCUACCGAUCAUGCUAUUUACAUCGACACAAGCGUGCCCGGGAAGAGUUCGCUUCAGGGUCCGCGGUUUGAGAACCAGUUAGAGGCCAAGUAUCUAGACCACUCCGACCCUAAGAAGCGCUUUCGAGUUGAGACCUUCCGCUCUCCCGGUACUAUAUCCAACGACCCUGCCUCCAAGGCUUCGCUGCGGUGUUACUUCGUCUAUCAGUGCCUAUUCGUGGACCCCAACGCCGAGCCGGACGAGACCCGGCUCGAGGUCAUCAGCGAUCGGAUGUUUCUAACCAAGGCGACUAAGAACACCAGGCAGAUUUACGGUGAUAUCAUCAAACUCGCCGUCUCUAGGACGGGACCUGUUAUUGAGGUCUUCGAUAUCGAAGGGACGGAAGAGAAACGUCUCGUUAUGGCUUUCCGCGCCCGCACUGCGCGCGGUAUCUUCAGUGCGCUGAGCGAUCUCUAUCACUACUACGGAGUUACCAGCACCAGGAAGUACGUGGAGCAAUUCUCCAACGGCAUCACUGUUAUGAGCAUCUACCUGAAGCCGGCGACGAAUCUGGACACCAAGCUCAUGCCGAUCGAACAAUCGAUUCACCAGAUCACCAAAGAGAUUUCCCUGCUGUACUGCAUACCUCAGAACAAGCUUCACUCCUUGUUUGCGUCUGGGGAGUUGAGUCUUCAGGAGACGGUAUACGGCCACUGCGUUUGGGUCUUCGUCCAGCACUUCCUCAACCGCCUCGGCACGGAGUACGUGUCCAUCAUGCAAUCCUUGGAUCCGAAGAACCAAGCCCACGUAGAGAUCCUCUCCAAGCUGAAGAGACGCCUCCGCACCGAAACGUUCACCCCAGACUACAUUCUCGAGAUCAUCUCCUCGUACCCUAAGCUUGUCCGACUGCUGUAUGCCGCAUUCGCUAGCAUCCAUCUGAGUGUCGGCCCGGGCUUCGAGAAGAGUGUCAUCGCGCCGACGCCCUCUGUAGAAGUUCUGUCUGAUGCUAAACUUAAGGAUGAGAUCACACGGGAAGUGUCUAACGAGCAUGAGGAAAUGGUGAUGACCGCCUUCCGCAUCUUCAACAACGCCGUGCUCAAGACGAAUUACUUCACGCCCACAAAGGUUGCCCUCAGCUUCCGCCUAGACCCGUCGUUCCUACCGCAGGUAGAAUACCCCAAGCGCCUAUACGGGAUGUUCCUCGUAAUAAGCGCAGAGGCGCGCGGAUUUCACUUGCGCUUCAAGGAUGUGGCUCGAGGCGGCAUCCGGAUCGUCAAGUCUCGUAGCAAGGAGGCCUACAGUAUCAAUGCUAGGAAUCUGUUCGACGAGAACUACGCCCUUGCAAGCACCCAGCAGCGCAAGAAUAAGGAUAUCCCGGAGGGCGGUUCGAAGGGCGUGAUCCUGCUUGACGCCAAACAGCAGGACCGUCCGCGCGAGGCGUUUGAGAAGUACAUUGACAGUAUCUUGGAUCUUCUUCUUCCCGCCCAGACCCCCGGCAUCAAGAACCCGAUCGUGGACCUCUACCGCAAGGAAGAAAUCUUAUUCUUGGGGCCGGACGAGAACACCGCUGAUCUCGUCGACUGGGCGACCGAGCACGCUCGUGCCCGCGGUGCACCCUGGUGGAAGUCGUUCUUCACCGGAAAGUCGCCGAGUCUGGGCGGUAUCCCCCACGACGAGUACGGCAUGACGACGUUGUCCGUCCGGGAAUACGUCAAUGGUAUCUACCGCAAGCUGAACCUCGAUCCCUCCACCGUCAAGAAGAUGCAGACGGGCGGUCCAGACGGCGAUCUCGGCAGCAACGAAAUCAUCUUGAGCAACGAGAAGUACACGGCCAUCGUCGAUGGGUCCGGAGUACUCGUCGACCCCCAAGGCAUCGACAAGGAGGAGCUCAUACGCCUAGCCAAGAAGCGCGUCAUGAUCUCACAAUUCGACCUCUCCAAGCUGUCUAAAGACGGCUACAGGGUCUUGUGCGACGAAAGCAACGUCACGUUGCCUAACGGAGAGGUGGUCGGCAACGGCACGCCGUUCCGCAACUUCUACCAUCUCCGGGACUCCGGACUCACGGACUGCUUCGUGCCAUGUGGUGGGCGCCCGGAGUCGAUCGAUCUGUCGACGGUGUCGAAGCUGAUUAAGGACGGCAAGACGACGAUACCAUAUAUCGUGGAGGGCGCGAACCUGUUCAUCACGCAGGACGCGAAACUGCGCCUCGAGGAGGCGGGCUGCAUCCUGUUCAAGGACGCGUCGGCGAAUAAGGGCGGCGUGACAUCGUCGUCGCUCGAGGUGCUCGCAUCGCUGAGCUUCGAUGACGCUGGGUUCGUCGAGAACAUGUGCCACGAUUCUCGGGGAGAGGUGCCCGAUUUCUACAAGGCGUACGUCAAGCAGGUGCAGGCUACGAUCCAGGAGAACGCGCGGCUCGAGUUUGAGGCCAUCUGGCGCGAAAACGCGCAGACGGGCGUGCCACGGUCCGUGCUGUCGGACACACUGUCGCUCGCCAUCACGACGCUGGAUGAGGAACUCCAGCACUCAGACCUCUGGAAUAACGAGAAGAUCCGCCGCUCCGUCCUCGCCGACGCCCUACCUAAGCUGCUCAUCGAUAAGAUCGGCCUUGACACCGUCAUUACCCGCGUCCCUGACGCAUACCUCCGCGCCAUCUUCGGCAGCUACCUCGCCUCCCGCUUCGUGUACGAGUUUGGCAGCAACCCGAGCCAGUUUGCGUUUUACGACUUGUAA